AUGGGUGCGGCGGGCGACGAGAAGGCGGCUGCGGCUGCGGCUGCGGGGGCCGGUGCCGCCGCCGCCGAGGGCGAGGGGGCGGUAGACUCCAAGGACCUUCAGCAGCAGAGCAAGGCGCUCGACAAGCUCACCGAUCACGUCGAGGACCGGCAGCUCGAUUCAUCCCGUGUCCAAUCCGCCAUGGCGGCACUUGCUUCAUCCAAAGAGGCUGACUGGAAUGCAAUGAGGCUGAGGGAGAAAGAACUAGCUGCUGUCAAGAUCAACCCUACUGAUGUUGAAAUUAUUGCUAAUGAGCUUGAGCUGGACAAGAAGAUUGCAGAGAGAACCCUCCGAGAGCACAAAGGUGAUGCUGUAGCUGCAGUUCGAUUCUUGCUGCACUAG